AGUUCACCUGAUCGCGCUGUUUGAUCAGCUAUAAAAGCGCAGUUUCAACCGAUUGCAUUUCAUAUCAAAUACAAUCAACAAGAAUACAACAUGAACUGCCUGAAAAUCUGUGGCUUUGUAUUUGCGCUAAUUGCAGCUCUGGCUAGUGCUGAUGCUGCUACUCAGGUGCUGAAUGCUGGCGGCCAUACGCUGAUCCAAACGGAUAAAACACAAUACAUACGCAAGAACUAAGAUUAAAAUUGUAUAAAUAAAAUUUCUGUAAAUAAAAUGUUUUGAUUUGACGCUUAAA